AUGCUCAACGACUCGCAGACGGUCUGGCUCGUGGACUUCUACUCGCCCUGGUGCCCGCACUGCCGCCAGUUCGCGCCGCAGUGGGAGGAGGUGGCCGGCGUCUACGCCGACGUCAACACCGUCCAAUUGGGGGCGGUCGACUGCACUGAGCAGAAUGAGAUCUGCGACCGAGAGGACGUGCACUCGUACCCGGGCGUCAAGAUGUACCACGUGACGAACGAGGCCAUCGUCAUGCCCCAUGCUCGACACGUGUACGCCCGUCAGGUGGCCAGGUGGAUCGAGGAAACUCUGCACGAGAACAAUAUGCAAUCAGGCAUUGAUAUCGAUACGGUGUAUACCAAGAACCCGCUUCGGGACGAUAUGAAGAAGAAGGAGUUCAAGUUCGGAGACCCCGUGGAGCCUUUGCACGAUGACCGGUCCGCGGAGAUUCAGCGAAAAAGGCUGAAGGAUGCGGCCGCAACGACGUUGCUUACCUUUGAAGACGGGUUUUUCAUGGGCACGGCGGUGCUGGAUGGACAGAGGUAUAAGGCUGCGGUCGCGUGGGUAUCGGCGCUGGCGGCGUCGUUCCCCAUGAAGGAGAACCGAGCGGCGUUUGCUCUUCUUGUGAACGAGAUGAAGCAAAAGGAGCGGUGGGGGAAGAUGGAGUGGAGAGAGAAGCUGGAAAAGUGGAAAACGACGGCCAAUGCGAUGAGCUCUCCUCGUAACCUCUUCCUGUCGAAAGACGAGUUGGCGCUGUGUACAACGUACACUUGUGGGCUGUGGGGGCUUGAGAUCAUGUCUGCUAUCCGUCUCGUCGUCAAACACUUUUUCGGCUGUGAGGAGUGCAAGCGCCACUUCCUGCAGGCAAACCCCGAGAGUAUCAUCGACAAAUUGGCGCUGAGGGACGACGAUGGGCCUCAUGCCGUCGCAUUUUGGAUCUGGACGAUGCACAACACCGUCAACAAGGUCCUCGGCAAACCUAGGUGGCCUACGAACUUGUCCUGCCCCAACUGCUACACUGCCACUGAUCAGCCGCUGUCAUUAGAUCCGGCACAGCUGAGUGAAGAGGACAUUGUUGCAUACAUCAGAAGCGUCUAUAAGAUCGAGGGCAGCUUGAAACUCGAGCAGCGUGCUGCCAGCGCUACAUCAUGGAGCUCGGUAGGGGGCUUCACUUGGAUGGCAGCUGCUGCUCUACUACUUGCCGUUUUUGCGAUGUUGCUCCAGCAGAACAAACACUGGUUGGUUGGAGUCAAAGCGCUGAAGGGGCGUGAUCACAUCGCAUAG